CAGGGACUCGACACCUACUUAACCCCGCAACCUCCUCUUGCUGCAGAAGAGGCAUACCAGGCAUCAUGAUUUCCCUUCAGAGACUUGUCGUCUCGGCGCUCCUGAUCCUCUCGGUCACCUUUGUCUUCUUUGCCCAGUCAGCUGAGGCUUCUAAGGGACCCAAGAUCACCCACAAGGUCUACUUCGACAUCACCCAUGGCGAUGAGGAGCUCGGCCGCAUCACAAUUGGUCUCUACGGCAAGACCGUUCCCAAGACCGCCGAGAACUUUCGUGCCCUUGCUACCGGCGAGAAGGGCUUCGGUUACGAGGGUUCCACCUUCCACCGCGUCAUCAAGCAGUUCAUGAUUCAGGGAGGUGAUUUUACCAAAGGCGACGGCACUGGCGGCAAGUCCAUCUACGGAGCCAAGUUUCCCGAUGAGAACUUCAAGCUCAAGCACACCCGCAAGGGUCUCUUGAGUAUGGCCAACAGCGGCAAGGACACCAACGGCUCCCAGUUCUUCAUCACCACCGUCAUCACUAGCUGGCUCGACGGCCGUCACGUCGUUUUCGGCGAGGUCCUCGAGGGUUACGAUGUCGUCGAUAAGAUCGAGAACGUCCCCAAGGGCUCCGGCGACAAGCCUGUCAAGACAGUCAAGAUUGCCAAGAGCGGAGAGCUCGAGGUCCCAGCGGAAGGUAUUCACGCGGAACUCUAAGCCAGCAACUCAGCGGGCGACAUGCAGGAGAGCUGCUGAUAUUUCCUUGUUCAAGAUUUGUACGGCACCGCAGGCGAU